AUGGCCGCUUCGACGGCUGCUGUGAAGGCGCGACCAGUUCUUUCCACUGUCUCGACAACCUUGAUGCCUUUUCUUUACCAGACACGAAGUCUGAUUAGCCUUCCAUCAAUCGCCGUUUCCUUGAAAAGUCAAGCAGCAUAUGUUGCUCCAGUCGCAAAGGUCUUCAGCACUUCGGCGAAGCAGUCAGCACCUCUACCAAUUCGAUCCACCUAUCAAGCGCGAGACGGUCGAUCGCAAUUCCCAUCUACUGCGGUUCGCGCAUACAAAAGCAGAAGAUCGCCAAAUGGAAGUGCGCGAAGUGAAGAUGAAAUUCCAUUUGAGACGGAUGAGAGUACCGGUCGUGGAUCAAGGCAAAAACGAUGGUCUAUGCGACCUACGUCCAGUUCGAAGCUUGAUGACUUUGGUGAGCCAGAGGACGAGCCAUUUCCGGAUUCCAGUUUCAUAGAUGAUGCAGAGGGGAUGGUUACGGAUGAUCAAAUGGUGGGCGCAGGCUCAAUGAACUUGCGAGGACCGCGGGAAUCGACUAUAACCGAUAGCGAGCACAGAGCUUUUCAGAAUAUUUUUAACGAAAUGUGCUGGAACCAGAAAGCCUCGACGAGUCCCGAUCCCAACGUGUUAUCACUAAGAGGUCAUGCCAAAGUCAACCUGGGCGACAUGUUGAAUGACGCUCUUGCAGUCAGUGAUCGGAAUAAGGAAGAAAAGGAAAGCAUGGUCAGUCGUUGGCCUGAAGCUUUGAGACCUGCAGUCGCUAAAGCUAUAGGCUUGACUGACGAUGGCGAGUCUGACGAAGGGGAGUCCAUCGAGUCUGAACCGCCGCAGCCUGAACUUCAGAUUGAUGAGCUCGAGUCUCUGCGAGACCCGGAGCGUCAACGAGUAGAGAAACUCAUGAGAGAAGCUGUGACGGACGUCGAGCUAUGGGAGGUCAUGAACAAGGAAGUUUUUUCCAUGAUUCCGAGACUUGGUUUAGCAGAAAAGUCCUCGACGCACGAUUCCAAACCAAAGGGCAAGCGGGUGUCAAAAAAGGAGAAGCAGCAGAUGCAGAAUUCCAAGGUACCAUCCACCACAGGCGAGAAACUAGGGUCUGAUAAUCAAGAGAAAAGGCAAGAGUCAUCUGUGUCAUCUAUGUUGCCAACAACAGAUGCUGACGAGGUAGCAAAGGGGCUAGUAAGCUCCAACCUGGAUAACGUCCUAGACUCUACCACCGGCUAUGAAAUACCAGCUUUGACGUUUUAUGGACCUUUAUACCCAUCAUACCUUCUCCUUGGAAUCAGACUCUUGGAUCGCGACUUUGUCAAGCCAUCUCCACUCGCGCUUUCGGUCCUACCCAAAAUCAAGUCUCUCGGCGCCAUCUCCCAUGUCCUCGGAGCAAGUCCAUCUCUGUACAACGAAAUCCUCCGAAUCUACCUACUUCGCCACGAGGAUUUUCGAGCAAUGACGGCUACGCUAUACGAUAUGAAUGAUUCCGCCGUCCCAGUAAAUGAAGAGACGCUCGCUAUUGUUGAGGAGGUUUUGAGACUCGCUCGGCAGGUUCAAGAAGGUGAAAGGGGGCCUGUCAUUCAGAGGAUCUGGUCUCAGAUGCCAAGAUUUACGACAAAGUACUUAAAUGCUUGGAGGAAGAAACAUGCGAGUGCAAUCGCCGCCGGGGAGUAA